CACUGCGGGUAGAAAAAGUAUCGGAUUCAGCACUGUUCUAAUGUAAAGUUCCAUAGCAUGGAACAAUGUUGCUAACAGACAAAUGUUCCUCAGGUUAUAUCAGUGUUCGUGACAAGAAGUGUAAGGUACCUAAAAUCAAAUAUCAGGACCAAUGUCAGCUAUUCAUAACGGGUCGACACGGACAGAAGAAGAAAAUCUCGGAAUAAGCAAUACAUCGGCUUUGACAUUGUAGCAGUGACACUUGUCACUUUAUGCCACAGAAAAUGAACUAUGCCUAAAAGUGGACGGAUCACUUAAUACGUACAAGAAACCUGAGACACCACCAUGGAGAACAACGAUGCACCCGUCGAGUUUAACGAUGACAGGACAGUGUGUGUGGCGUCAGUGAAAGGGUUAAAGGAGAACUGGCAGAGAUGGUCCAACAAGCAUCAGGAGUACCAGAAACACAACCCCUUCAGUAACGACCGGGGGGCUAUGAUGAGUGUGACUGCCCAGCAGCAGGGUCUCCAGCGGGACCAGGACGGCUACGGGAGGCCCCUGGAGGGCUCCUUGACAGAGCAGAGGGGCCGGGACGCCCACGUCCACAUCAGCCGAGAGGUGGAGGAGCUCUGCCAGGCGAUCAGGGACAUCGGGGAGAGCCGUGGCGGUGGGGACGAAGGUGGCGGGGAGAGACCUGUGGUGACGGUGGAGUUUGGGAAGCUGUUUGAGCACUAUGUGAACAUCUCCAACAAGGUGGUGGGGAUCCUGCUGAGGGCCAGAAAACAAGGCCUGAUCAGCUUUGAAGGGGAGAUGCUGUGGCAGGGGCAGGAUGACAAGGUCCUCAUCACACUGCUACAGUGACCAGGAUGAGAUGACAGGGUUGUCAUUAUGCUGCUUCUGUGACCAGGAUGAGGCAGCAGACUGACCAGACAGUAACCAAGGCCCUGUCCAGAAACAUCCCCUAGCCCUCUAGUCACUAGGCACUCGUGUAGUUCUGAAAGGAUUGGAUAGGUCUAAGCAAUAUGGUGAAAAUUACAUUAGAUAGCAAGGUGCAGCUACAACACCUAUCCAAUUAUUUUAUAUUUACACCUGCACCUAGUAGGGGUAGUUGUUUCUGGACAGGGCCCAAGAGAACCAACAUGUGGCAGCAGUGACACACAAUAUGGUGCUGUAGGAUUAACCUGAUCCUAUUGGCCUGAAUGGACUUUGCGUUGCAUUCCCAGUUACACCACACCGCUACACUGUAAUCUACAUAGCGUUUACAAUGUUCCUUAGCAACCUUUGGAAUUAGACACAGAGGAAAGGUGUACUUUUUAGGGCACAAAUACAACACACUGACACAGUAGGGUUGUUAGAAAUGCUGGAAGUAGGCUAUGAAACCACAUACACAGUUGAGAAUGUAACAAAAUGUAUCACAAUUGUAUAUACAUUCUGGAGAAAUAGCACAUCACUUUUUGGUCCACUGGCAUUUGUGUAAUGUACACUGUACAAUCUAACAAGAGCUGUUUGAAGAAUGCUUUUGCAGCUACUUGCACUCAUAUCACAAUAUGAUUAAAUGUACUGUAACACUUUACUCAUUUUAUUUAUUAUUUUGUCACCAACUAAUAUACUGUAUUCCACACACAUGUUUACAAAGCAAAGCACUGAUAUCUUUCAAUAAAGUCUUCCAACAGAUCACCAAAAAUGACUGUUGAGUCAUGAUCAAUUCCAUUAGUAUGAUGGGUAACACUUUAUUUAAAGCCUGCAUAACAUAUACUUUUUAUAAGGCAUUAUAAAGGGUCAUAAAUGGUUAUAUCAAGUCAUAAAGACUUAUAACAGCAUACUUUACAUUAAGUGUUACUGAAUUAUGUUUCCCAUUAAUGACAGAGCAGGAAGGAAAUGUGAUACCCUAGUGGAGGCAGCAAUGAAUAAUUGAUUUAACCUAACCAUGUACAACCAUUAUAUACAUACAUGUUGAGAUUAUUUUACAGCGACACGUCAACCAAUAAAUACAAACACAUGAAGCUCUCCAUUUCAUGCCGCAGCAUACACUCAACAUACAUUACUUAAUUGAGUGUUCCAUCGGGCUGCAGUGCAUAACAAAAAAUUAAGAAUCACUCUUCAACAUUCAUAAUCAAAUAACACAGUUAAUGUAGUGUAUUGUGUUAAAAGAAUGUGUGACUCAAGAAACAAUUGUUUAUGGAUGACUGAGCUCCUACUAUUAUGUAUCUUGAUGAAUUAGUAAUGUAGGUAUUCAGUGCAUAUAUUAAACCUCCACACAUUUACAUUACAUUUACAUUUUAGUCAUUUAGCAGACGCUCUUAACCAGAGCGACUUACAGGAGCAAUUA